CGCCCCCUAAGCUCGUGGUAUUACAGAGUCACUGCGUUGUUAGUAUUAUCCGCUUUACAAUUCUGCCAGAAUUGGUUUUGGGAAAUAAACAUGGAGGCAAAGUUAAAGACAGAGUUGGGGACAACCUUGCUGAAGUCAACUGGUCACUCAGGAGGUGGAUGUAUCAGCGAGGGCCGGAGUUAUGAUACUGACACUGGGAGAGUGUUUGUGAAGAUCAAUCACAAGAGCGAGGCCAAGUUGAUGUUUGAUGGAGAGAUGGCCAGUUUGGAGGCCAUUUUAAAGACAGAAACUGUGAAAGUCCCCAAACCGGUGAAGGUGAUUGAGCUUGACACAGGAGGAACUGUGUUUGUGAUGGAACAUCUGGACAUGAGAGGUCUCAGCAAGUACUCAAAGCACCUUGGAGAGCAGCUUGCAGAUCUGCAUUUGCACAACAAGAGACAGCUGGAAACAUUAAAUAAAGCGCAGCAGACAGUGGGGAAAGGAGCUGGGCAGUCGGAGAUGGCCGCUGUUGACAAAUUUGGCUUCAGUGUUAGUACAUGCUGUGGAUAUAUACCACAGGAAAAUGGGUGGCAAGAUGACUGGGUGGCAUUUUACUCCCAGCAGAGGCUGCAGUACCAGCUUAACAUGGUAGAAAAAUCGUAUGGAGACAGGGAGGCCAGAGAACUAUGGGCCAAGCUACAGCUAAAGAUCCCUCAGUUUUUCACAGAUGUGGAGAUCGUCCCAGCUCUCCUCCACGGAGACUUAUGGGGAGGCAAUGUGGCGGAGUGUGCGGAGGGCCCUGUCAUCUUUGAUCCAGCCUCCUUCUAUGGCCAUUCAGAGUUUGAGCUGGGUAUUGCAGGGAUGUUUGGUGGCUUCAGCAGCUCUUUUUACUCUGCCUACCAUGACAAGAUUCCUCAAGCACCAGGCUUUGCAAAGAGAAAGCAGCUUUACCAACUCUUCCACUAUCUGAAUCACUGGAACCACUUUGGUGGUGGCUACAGGGGCUCUUCAAUAAGGAUUAUGAAGGACCUUCUGAAGUAACUGCACUCACAUUCACCUGUAGAAAGCUUCACAGUCUUAAACUUAAGUAUUAUGUGUAUGUUGAAAAAUGCAAAUAUGACCAAAAACAUUGUGGCUUGUUGUUGAAGAGACUGAACUUAACAUUCUAACAUUGCAAUUACUGUUACUAUAUUGUUUAGAAAAUACAGCAUCAACAUAACAAAAUAAUUCUGCUCUGCCUGCUCCACCCAUGCCAACAUGCUUCCAAAAUUUAGAAAACAGGAUCCAUAUCUUUCAGUUACUAUCUUAAAUUGUAUGUUUGAACAAAGACAUAAACCCUAUGAGUAUUUUUACAUUCUGUAAUUUCUACAGUUAUUUGUGUAUAUGUUGCCUACUAAACAUAAACCAUGGCACAAAACUGAGCUCCACCUUAAACAUUUUAUGCAACUGCAAGAGCAAGCAACAUGUGCUCUUUCGGGCUCGCUUGUCAGUCAGAGGAACAAAUACCAAGUUUCAAGUCGGUCAGAAGCAGAGGUUUUUUGGUAUGCAGCAAACCCUUUCUUAAUGUUGGUUCCCCUUUUUUCCACCUCCUGACUGAAUAAUAGGUCAGAAUUUUUGUUGUGAAUGCAAUACUGUGUACUAUAUAUGCAUCUCAAUAAGCCUGACUGUUGACAUGAUGCACAGACGCAUUACAUCUUUAUCCGCUGUGUAACAAAUAAUAAAUUCAAAGUGUUUUUUUUUCUU